GGGGGGCGCGAGCAAAAACUGAACCCAGCCAACGCCGCUAUGACCUCCAUCUCCCCUCUUCCGUCCCCAACCGUUACCCCCGCCGACCAAUGGGCCCAGAAGACCUUCCAAACCCUCAAAUUCGGCGGCGUCGCCGGUGGCCGCGACCACCGCCUCCGCCCCUCUUCCCUAUCCGGCGCAACCACCGACGAGCUCUGCCGUCUCCUCCGCUCCCUCCCGGACCCCUCUCCUCCCUCCUCCUACAACGCCCUUAUCAAGGCCUUCGCCCUCUCCGGCGCCCAUCUCGACGCCCUCCGCGCGUACACCCUCAUGCGCGCUCGCUCCGUCCCCCCCGACCCCUUCACACUUCCCGCCGUCCUGCGCUCCGCCGCCGCUCUCCCCUCCCUCGCCACCGCCCUUGAAGCCCACGGCCUCGCCGUAAAGUCCGGCCUCGACGCCCACCUUCCCCUCUGCACCGCCCUCGUGGGCGCCUACUGCUCUUGCGGCCACCCCGAUUUCGCCCGCCGCGUCUUCGACCGGACUGACGGCCGUGACGCCAUUAGCUACAAUACCAUGAUAGCCGGCCACGUGAAGUGCGGCGACUUCGAGCUCGCCCGCGAUCUCUUUGAUCGAAUGCGGGUGAGAAAUGUCUCUUCUUGGAAUACCAUUCUCGAUAUGUACUGCAAGAUAGGUGAUCUUCGGGCAGCAAGGAGGCUUUUUGAUGAAAUGCCUGAGAGAAAUAUCGUCUCCUGGAAUGCCAUGAUCUCUGGGCACGCUAAAGCUGGCGACUUUGUUUUUGCGAGGGAGUUGUUUGAUUUGAUGCCGGAGAGAAAUGUGGUGUCUUGGAAUGCAGUGAUUGGUAGCUACUUCCACUGUGGGUUCUUCUCUGAGACUUUGGAUUUGUUCAGGAUGAUGCAAGCUUCAGACAUCAAGCCCAAUGAGGUUACUGUUGUCGCGGUGUUACCAGCCUGUGCUCAUCUGGGGGCAUUGGAUCUUGGACAAUGGGUUCAUGCCUACAUUCAGAAGCAAAGGAUAAAGAUGGAUCUCUAUGUGACUGCUGCACUUGUUGACAUGUAUGGCAGGUGUGGCAAUUUGGAGGAUGCUCGAAAAGUUUUUUACCAUGCAGUGAAAAGGGAUGCAUUUUUGUGCAGUACAAUGAUCGAGGUCUUUGCAAUGCAUGGGAGAUCGCAGGAGGCAUUUCAGGUCUUCGAUUUUAUGAGAAGUAAAGGGAUUUGGCCAAAUGCUGUUACCUUUAAGGGGCUCUUGAGGGUCUGCGCUCAUGGUGGGCUGGUGGAGUUUGGGUUGAAAUAUUUCAACAUGAUGAGGGAGCAGUUCAAAUUGAUGCCAAAGGUGGAACAUUUUGGGUGCAUGGUGGAUUUGCUUGGCCGAGCUGGACAUCUGGAAGAGGCUCAUGACUUGAUUUUGGGCAUGCCAAUGGAGCCUCCACCCAUGGUGUGGGCAUCUUUGCUCAGCGCUUGUAAAAUCCAUGGCAAUGUGAAGUUAGCAGAGGAGGUGGCAUUCCAUCUCAUAGAAUUGGAACCUCAAAGUUGUGCAAACUAUGUUAUGCUGGCUAACAUAUAUUCUAAAGCUAAUAGGUGGGAAGAUGCAGCAAAAAUGAGGAGGAUGAUGAAGGAGAAGGGAGCUGUAAAGAAGCUUGGGUGCAGUUCGAUCGAGGUGAGCAAUGGAGUUCAUGAAUUCUUUGCCGGAGACCAACAUCAUCCUCAUUGCAGACAGAUAUAUCAAAUGCUGGACCACAUGGCUAUAAGAUUGAAGAGGAAGGGAUAUGUACCAUGCACUUCUUCUGUGUUGCAUGAUGUGGAUAGCAAUGGAAGGGAGCAAGUACUCCUCCAUCAUAGUGAGAAAUUGGCUCUUGCUUAUGGACUAAUAACCACGGAGAAGGGAACUACCAUUCGAAUAUUUAAGAACCUACGUGUUUGCAAUGAUUGUCAUCAGUUCUUGAAGCUGGCUUCGCAGCAUUAUGAUAGGCAAGUGAUAGUGAGGGACUGCAACCGUUUUCACCAUUUUGUUGGGGGGUCUUGUUCUUGCUCAGAUUAUUGGUGAAUGCUUGUCAGAAUGUAUCAUUUAUUGUUUGCUUAUGGAUAGUGCUAUCAAAUAAGAUAUCCAUCAUUUCAGCGGACUAUCUAAGAGAGAGAACCUCAAAUACCGUGGAGGUUGUGAGAAGGGAUUUGGAAAGAUUUGUGGUGACAUGGGAGAUAGCCUUGAUAUUUAUACAGUGGAUAUGAAUUUAUGAAGUUGAUGCCAAAUAGUUGGGAGAAGACUGGAUGGUGAUGUUUUUGGACAUGAUCCUAGAGUAUCUAAAAGAUUUUUCAAAAAAUUUUAUUCAUAGAUAUGACAGUGAGUCUUUCGAUGACAAGCAAAUAAUUUGCUACUCAAAAAGUAGAUUUAUAUUAGCAUCUAUGGAUGGGAACAGUACUUACCUCCACUAUAUGACUAACUGGAGAGAAGCCAAGCUCCAAGUAGAUAGUUUGCAAGAGAUAUUUUUAGUUGAAUCUUGGCUGCCACAGAUCCGUAUCUAUUAACAGCUUUCAAAGCAGACAUAAAAAUAUUUGCCACUCACUUGGAAAGACAAAUUCUGGGUAGAGGUUCUGUUGACAUUAUUGUAUGAGCCACAUGUUUGCUGUCACAUACCUUGUGCACAUUCAGUUUGUAUUCUUCUUUCAUGAAUUUUGAGUGAGCAAUAAUGCCUACUUGGUAACGAGUGAAGUUUACUUUGGAGAA